AUGGAAUUGUUUGCUGAGUAUAAAAAGUUGUCACAAUCUAAAAAUGAAGAAUCAAACAGAAGUGAAACUUCAAGCUCAACUUGCUCCACUGGUCAAGGUGAAGCAACAGAACGAAAGUUCAAAGUUUUGUAUCAAAAGUACAAGACUCAAAUUGGAGGUGGAGAUAAUAAAUCAGAGUUGGAUAGGUAUUUGGGGGAGGAUUGUGAAAAGGAUGUGGAGGGUUUUGAUAUUUUGGAGUGGUGGAGGUUAAAUAGUCAAAGGUUUCCUGUCCUUUCACAUAUGGUUCGUGAUGUUUUAGCAGUACCCAUCUCUACAGUUGCUUCAGAGUCUGCUUUUAGCACAAGGGGGCGUGUUCUUGAUGCCUUUAGGAGUUCUUUGACUCCUAAAAUUGUUCAAGCUCUUAUCUGUACACAAGAUUGGAUUCGGGGUUCACAUACUCCAAUUAAGGUUGAAGAAGACAUAGAUGACCUUGAAAAUAUAGAAAAAGACUUACAGGUGAAAUAA